UUGUUGUUUGUUUGUUAUCUUAUCUAUUAAGAUAAGUGUAUGAGUUAAUUUUCUUUAGUGGGAGUUUAAACAAACGCGAAGGAUGACGAAAGUGUGCCGAGUGUGUCUGGAUGAUGACGUCCCACUGGUGGAUAUAUUCGCUGAAAUCUGCGAUCCCAAACUGGACCUGUCUGAAAAUAGCCCCGCCUAUGUUAUAAGCCAGUUCCAACCAAAUCAUUCUGUGGUGCGCGGGGACUCUAUGCCGCAGUUUAUUUGUCUCUCCUGCAUUCAUGGCGUCCAGGCUUCAUAUCGUUAUAAGGUGAAAUUGGACCAGGGCCCUGAAAAUUAUCGAAAACUCUGUCUAAAGCAAGCGAAGCAGAAAAGCUGUGAUGAAGAGGAGGAAAGCCAUGAGAUCAAGGCGGAGCCCGAGAAUGCUAUGCUGCCCGACAAGACGGAAGACUUAGUUGAGGACUUCGCUGAUGCGCAGCCUCGCCUGCAGAUGAGCUUUUCAAUGGAUAACGAUGAGAUUCGGCCAAUGGUACAGAUCCCCGGGCUGUCUCAGGUGACAGAAGCGGAGGUUCACAUAUGCAACAAUUUACAAGGGAAUAAAGCCAAUAAAACGCAGAGUCGUCACUGUGGCAAGUUACCGUUCGUCUGUGAUGUUUGCGGCAAGGGAUUCAUGACUGAGUACCACCUGAAAAGACAUAAACCCACUCACAGGCACAAGCGGAAGUCCAAGCUCAACAGAAAACAUCUUGGAAGUAAGAACACACAUCGUAGUCCGGCACUUGAAAAGAAGAAACCAGAGUCGGAAGAGAGUGAUUUACAAAUGCUGUCCUGCCAUGACACCUCUAGUCGCUCAAGAAGUCCAUCAUUGCUAAAGAUAAUGAAGUGCACCCAAGACCCCGACAACACUGAUAUAUCAAGCCACACCAAGAAGAGCUGCUCGACCAAAUCAUCGCCAAGAAAACUGAAUCGUACUUGCCAAGAGUGCGGUAAGACGUUUGCGUACAAACAAGACUUGGUUAGGCACAUUUUAGUUCACAAUGACGAAAGUCCUUUCAAGUGUACGUAUUGCAAGAAGCAAUUUUCUCGCAGGGAUCAUCUGGCUAAUCACACUCGUAUCCAUACUGGCGAACGUCCUUUCCACUGCUUCCAGUGUGGCAAAAAUUUUACGGAAAGGUCUUCGCUGCGGAGACAUGUUCGUAGACGCCACGUCACAAGUCCUUCUGCGAAAGGAAAUUCAGUUCGAGUGCGGAUCUUGAGGAACAUACGCGUCGGUACGGCAUAAAGAAAGAAGAACGUUUUGACGAAAGUUCUAAACUGGAGAUACACAAAAGAAAAGCGUCUAACAGGUUCAGCUUAACUGGAGAUAAUAUGCUUAAAAAUCAUAUUCCCUGUAUUUUCCUCGUAUAAAAAAUGCAUACUUUUUAUUACGCGGAAAGUUGGUGCCUUUUUUGUUUAAUUUUCUUACAUACCAAACAGUACAUUAUUAAAUAGUCGUAUGGCUAAGGAUUGUAAUUAA